AAUCCAAUUUCGCCUCUGCCCUACAGAAAGCUUCUCGUCCUCAAGCCCGACUCAAGCACCGUCUUCAAGCCAGCAACCACAAUGGUGAGGAGAGAAUCUAAUGCAGGUUGUCGCACUAUGCAUCUGGAGCUUUUCAACCACUGGAAUCCUGCAGAAUGGUGAAGAUACGGGAUGGAUGCCUCGUAACUUCUAGGAUUCUGUGUGUCAGCACACUCUGCUUCCCGCUUUGCGGAAUAUGAAGCAAUAUGCUGGGCUUGCUACUCUCCUUAAUCGCUAUGAGGAUACAGAGUGCAAGCGUUAGAGCUCCGGGUGCAUAGCGACGACAGCAGUCUCUUGUACUGUUGUCACAUGUUGCUAAUGUUACACGUCUCAAUGACCAGCCCAAGGCCAAGUCUACCGGUAAGAAGCCCGCCCCCGCCCCUUACGGCGCCAGUAAGGGUCCCGCAAAGACUCAGAAGAACCCGCUCUUUGAGGCUCGCCCCAAGAACUUCGGUAUUGGUAUGUUCAUCCUUUCCUAUAGAAGCUCAACGAGGGCUUAAUUCAUCCUAUUCAGGUCAGGAUAUCCAGCCCAAGACCGAUUUGACUCGCUUCGUCAAGUGGCCCGAAUAUGUCCGCCUCCAACGCCAGAAGGUUAUCCUUAACCAGCGUCUGAAGGUCCCCCCUGCUAUUGCUCAGUUCUCCCAUACUCUCGACAAGAACACUGCUACUCAGUUGUUCAAGCUCCUUAACAAGUACCGCCCUGAGACCAAGCAGGAGAAGAAGGCUCGUCUCGAGGCUACUGCCAAGGCCACUGCUGAGGAGAAGGAGGCUCAGGCUAAGGACUCCAAGAAGCCACUCUUUGUCAAAUAUGGCUUGAACCACUGUGUUGCCCUCAUCGAGGCUAAGAAGGCAUCCCUCGUCGUCAUUGCCCACGAUGUCGACCCUAUUGAGCUUGUCAUCUUCCUCCCCGCCCUCUGCCGCAAGAUGGGUGUCCCUUAUGUCAUCGUAAAGGGCAAGGCUCGUCUCGGUACGGUCGUCCACAAGAAGACCGCUGCCGUCGUCACCCUCCAGGACGUCAAGUCUGAGGACCAACGCGAGCUCGCUACUCUCGUCAGCGCCGCUAAGGCCAAUUUCAGCGACAAGUACGAGGAACAGCGCCGUCAAUGGGGUGGAGGCAUCCGUGGCAACAAGUCCACCCAGAAGCUCCGCAAGCGUGCUAAGGCCGCUGGCCAGACCCUCUCUGUUGCCACCGCCCAGAAGCUCUAAACAUUCACAUAACGUUGACGUUGGCUUUGGGUUGCUGGAGGGCAAGAGCUUCAUAUGGAGGAUAUCAAAAGGUGGAUCAGGUCACCAUUAGGCGUUGCCGAGCCGUUGUCGGGAUAUGUUUUCUCAUGCGCCUAUGCUUGCUAUACAUGUUUUUGACUUUGUAUGCCUCGAAUUCACCGCAGUGUUCCCUUAACGUUUUUACGUUCUCGAGUAAGCGGUUGGUAUAAGCCCUUCACACAUUCACUCCAAGGAAUAGGCAGUUGAUGACCGGAGCCAUGAGGCAUAUACGGAUGUCUACGAUAGGAUAGAAGUGAAUGGAAGAUCACAAUACAAGCAUAUGCAU